AUGGACACGGCAGAUUUGCUGAGGAUUAUCAUUGUAAUUAGGGACUACCAAAAUCGGAUAUUUGAAUUUGUCAACAACUUUAGAACAUUCUGCACAUACUUUGUCCUUGUUAUUUUGGGUAUUAUCGUCACGUCCUUCGAGUUUACCUCAGCCAUUCGGAGACGCGUUGUUGCAUUCAUUUGCGCAAUGUGUCUUUUGGAAAUCAUAGCCUUUAGAGCAUGUACGGAAUGGUUCUUUAUUGAACUUUCAAACCCGCUGGAAACGUACAAACUGACGGUAAAGGCAAUUCGAUGGACAAUGCUUUGCUACGUUUUGGCAUCUUGGAUCCACUCCUUCUUUUGGUACAAGCCUCCAACUCUUGUUAUGCUCAGAGAAAUGUCAGAACUAAGGAACAUGAUGAAGAACCCAGUGAUUUACCUCCAAAACUACACCGACAAGUACACACUGGAUGAGUUUGUACAAUACUGCAACCAGGACGAUUCGGAGGAUGACAGCGACUUUGAGCAAGGUCAGUUUGGGGUCCCAUUCGUCAAGGUCACUUUAUGGGAGACACUUGUCCAUCCAAUGAGCCACUAUGACCGACAAAACACAAUAUUUUAG